AUGUCACUGAAAUAUUUCUUGCUUUUGUUGGUGAUUCUUUUCCAUCAAGUGCUCUCAAAUGAAGCGAAUGAGGAGAGAAUGCGUGCAAAACGGAGUGUUGCGAGAGUGUUGACUUUCUUCACCGAUCCAGCUCCAUGCCAAACAGAGAAAGGAGCGUGUGUUCAAUUGAUGUGUGAUCAAUGCUGUAAAGAAUGUAGUCCAUGGUAUUGCCCGAAAUCUUUCUGUAUGGAGUGCUGUGCA